AUGAAUAAACAUAGAAGCGCCAGCCAGCGCGAGAUCCAGCACCUGCGUGCCCUCGUGGAACAGCAGCAGCACCAGCUCACCCACAUGCAGGCAUACCAGCCGCAGCACUUUGCUGAGCCUCCGAGCCCGAGUCUUAACCCGGAUCCUGCCUACCACAAUGCAUACCAACUCUCAGGAGCUGCACAGCAAUCAGCCAUGAUAUCCGGCUGCAUGGUUCGAAGUAAAACCUCGCCUCGCUCAAAUCAGGUCAACGCGCAACAGCGGCCAGCACCGCUCCCUACACGCCACUCGGACGUCGUCCACCCUUCAAAGAGGCCCCGGACUGUGCCCGCCGCCAGCAGCAUGGCUAUGGCGCGCUCUAUAUCUGAGGGCACCCCUUUCACGGGAAGUGCGCGCGUCCCUGCACUGCCACGUUCACGAAAUCUUCCCACGCACGCUGCUGGGCCGUCAAAUUCAAUGCACUCUCGGCAAGACAGCCUCCAAGGCAGCUCAAACAUGUUUGACCGACAUCAGUGGCCCGGUAGGCAGGACAUGCCUUCAGUGCCCGAAGUCGGUCUCACGUCAGGCUCUGCCCUCAUUGACCCCGAGAUCUACCUGGCGAGUCUUCCCUGCGCAGACGAUUCUGCAGCGUCCUUUGGAACUUCUCUCACCUCUCAGCCUUUCGAUGAGAACAUGCCCUUUUCUCUGCAGAACAUGUCGACGUGCGGAUCCAUGACCUCUGGCCCGUCCUACACAAACGACACCGUCCCCAUGACCCGGGAGAACAGCCUGUUUGACCAUCAGUCCAUAACUGGUGCUGUCGAUAUGAUCCAGAUUGGCUCGCAGAUGUCACACCAGAGUGCUAGCUCCUACCCAUUCACGCAGAGCUCCGGGUCGGGAGAGGAUUUCAGCCCUCUGAGCAAGAAACAGUACUUGCACAACGACUCUCUCAACGCCAUUGGCUCGAGCAUGGGCCAGCCAUCUUCGAACCAGUAUGCCGAACUUCCUAGUGAUCUCAACUCGGCAAGCAUGGAACGGUCAAUCUCGGACGUCAGCUUCGACAGCAGCAGGUCGUCCACCAUUCGAGCCAAGGAGACGCUGAGAGAACAGACUGCCAGAGCCGGUAAGACUGCGCUUGCACCGAAGCCCAACGAUGACUCGACAGACAGCAGUCCUACCAGCAAAAAGGAUGGCAAAGCCAGUAUUCCCAAGGCGAAGUACGUUCGUCCUAGGCAGCCGCGGGUGUUCUGCACGGAAUGUACCGAGCACCCGGAGGGCUUCCGAGGCGACCACGAACUUCGCCGCCAUCGCGAUGCAAAGCACCAAAGCCUGGUUAGAAAAUGGAUGUGCGUUGACCCGGAAAGUCGCGGCCUUCCGCCUGGCGUGGCGGUGGUGAACCCCCUCUCGAAGUGUAAGGCAUGCAAGGCGAACAAGAAGUACGGCGCCUACUACAAUGCCGCUGCGCAUCUUCGCCGUACACACUUCAAGGAGAAGCCAUCCCGGCAAAAGAACAAGCGCAACUCGACCUCCGAAGACCGCCGUGGUGGCAAAGGUGGCGGUGACUGGCCCUCCAUGAGCGAGCUCAAGAACUGGAUGACUGAAGUCUGGGUCAACGCUCACGACGAUGCGUGCGAGGUCGACGAGGACUUGGAUGAAGACAACUCGCACAACAUCUCAGCAUCUCUCACGGAUCCUCCUUUCCACGCCGUAGUCGACUUCAACUACCCGAUGCCGACUCAGAACCCCAGCGUCAUGCACGUGCUUCCUACUGGCAUGUCCAAGGGAAUGGUCAUGUCGACCGACGGCUUCGGCUCUAGCCAUCCGGGUCAAAUGCACUUCAACUAUGGAUCCAACUUUGACGGCUAUGGAGCCCAGGAACUCAUGAGCCAUGGUCCGUUUGGACCGACUGCGAUCUCCAUGGUGCCUCACUCAGGGUUGAACGGCCUGGCGAUUGAUGACAUGGGUUUCGAGAUGGUUUAUCCUCAGUAA